AUGAUUUCUUGCUAUAACUUCAAUGGAGCAUUACAAAGAGUCAGCCAUGCACUAUCGGGGUGUUUUUACAAUGGUACAGUAUAUCCAAUUGGCGGAAGAUGGUUGGAACCAAAUCCCGGAAACUUCAGCACAAUAAUGCGUUCUAUGACUUGUUAUAAAUCCGAAAAUGGUUACUACGAAAAAAAAGUUGCUGGUUGUGAUUGGAUGAACCUAAAUCUAACAAGUGAAUAUAUGGAAAACAAAUAUCAAAAAUGCAUUGAGGUAGAGCCGGGUAAAGUCGAUAUAGUGCCCGUUGAAAAACUCGAGAAUGAAUGCACUGUGGAUGGGAAAACAUUCAGUGGUACUUGGUUCAAUAGAAAACGUGGUGCCAUUUUGUCAUGCUGGAAUGGAAAAAUUCAUAAAAAUAGUUGUGACAUAGGUGGAAAGAUUGUUUGGAUCAAUAACGAAGUCAAAUUAUCCAACGGAUGUACAUUUCUCUGCCACCCACAAACCAAUGUUUAUAGUUGCGACAGUCCUCUUCAAGAAUUUGAGAUUACUAAGGAUACGUCAACUGCUUUGCCAACUUUUCACAGUAUUUAG